AUGAUUUUAUUUGAUGAGAGUUUUAUAGAUCCUUCGCCAAUCAGGGUGGGUCAGGUGAUUGUGUCCCCUGUUGAAGCUUUUGGCCAUGACGUGCAUGCGUCAGGUCAUCAAUUCCAAUUCGCAACCUUUCGUCGACCCAAUCUAUCUCAUUCGCCCAUUGAAAUCCUCGAAAUCCAACAAUGGGCGCCUUCCAUCGCCCUCCCCGAUGAAUCGAUGGCUUCCCCAGCUUCCCUGGCCGGCCCGUCGCGUCUGAACGCCGAACCGCCUAUUCACAAGAAACCCCGAAACUCCAAAGCCCGUCGCAACGGUUAUAGCUCGCUAGGAAUUACAGAAGAAUAUGACACGCAAGGGUCAGUCGGUAGCAGCCACCGUGGCCAGCGCGCACAAUUAUCGAGUGAUGACAGCGACGCGACGCCGUCCAGCGGAGACGAGUCUCUGGCCGAGAGCGAGGCGCAUAUGAAACUAUUGCCGCUAAAAAUGGAUUCGAAAUCACGCAGUGCUCAAUACUCAGCCCAUCAAUCUACCCCUCGACAUGACCCAAGCCCUGCCCCAAGUAACGGCUCGGCGGAACCGCGCGAUGUGGGCAAGCGCAUCGAGCAAGUCUUGCAAACGGAAGACGCUUUAGACAUGGAAGAGGGCAACCCCCUCACUGCCGCAUUCGAUCUUAGUGAUGAUGACAGCGAUGACUAUGGCCUUCCAUCAAGCAAGACCCAUCAAGGAACGCGGAGGCACAGCGAUGGGUUUACUUGUGGCUCGGGCUGGAGGCCGCCAUUCCGCAUGCAAAAAUGGUGGCAUGCUUUUCCUUUUGCCGUCAUUGGACUGCUUGUUAUGUGGCUCGCGGCCAAAGGCAUAGGCUGGACCUUUGCUAAGACGACUGAAGUCGAAUAUCGUUCUAUGCCAUGGUACCCUACUCCCCGCGGAGGGACGAGUGUUAAGUGGAAUGAAAGCUAUAGCAAAGCACAGGAUCUUGUAAAGAGGAUGUCUCUGACCGAGAAAGUCAACGUCACUACUGGCAUUGGCUGGGAGAUGGGCCCUUGUGUUGGGAAUACUGGUCCUGCCGAGCUGGUCGGGUUUCCUUCUCUUUGUCUGCAGGAUGGACCGCUUGGGCUUCGAUUUGCAGACAACAUUACCGCGUUCCCCGCAGGUAUUACCACCGGGGCUACAUGGAAUCGCGAGCUUAUGCAAGCCCGAGGCGCUGCAUUGGGACAGGAGGCACGACGGAAGGGCGUGAACGUCCUCGUCGGCCCAUCAAUGGGACCCCUUGGAUUGAUGCCCGCCGGUGGUCGUAACUGGGAAGCUUUUGGGUCGGACCCUGUCCUGCAAGGCAUUGCCGCAGCGGAGACGAUUCGCGGUAUCCAGCGUCACGGUGUGAUGGCGACUGCCAAGCACUAUGUAUUAAACGAGCAGGAGCACUUUCGCACACCGCAGGGGGAGUCCACGGCACUAUCUUCGAACAUUAACGACCGGGUGUUGCACGAGGUGUUCAUUUGGCCAUUCGCCGAGAGUGUGCGUGCCGAUGUAGCAAGCAUCAUGUGUUCCUAUCAGAUGGUCAAUAACAGCUACGCUUGUGAGAACAGCAAGCUAUUAAACGGCAUCCUCAAAGACGAGUUGGGCUUCCAGGGGUUCGUGCAGUCGGACUGGCUCGCCCAGCACUCUGGUGUCCACAGUGCAUUGGGUGGACUGGACAUGAGCAUGCCAGGUGAUGGCUUACGCUGGGCUGAUGGAGACUCACUUUGGGGAAGUAGAUUGACCCGCGCAGCACUGAACACAUCCGUGCCUAUGGAGCGACUGAAUGAUAUGGUUACUCGUAUCGUCGCUGCCUGGUACCAUUUUCGCCAGGACUCGUGGGAUCCACCCCCACCGGAGGGACAUGGCGGCCCCAGUUUCUCUUCAUGGACGAAGGAAAGGAUAGGGCGUCUACAUCCAGGGAGCCCAGAUAAUAAGGAUGUUGGUGAGGUCAACAAGUUUGUCAAUGCCGCAAAGAAUGGCACGGAAUCGCAUUCUACAAUCGCCCGCAAGGUCGCUGCUGAAGGCAUUGUUCUUCUGAAGAAUGUGAACAACACUCUUCCACUCUCUCGCGAGGUCUCGAGCGCCAAUGGAAAAUACAGGAUUGGGGUUUACGGCGAUGAUGCUGGUCCUGGCCGAGGGCCAAAUGCGUGUCCCGAUCGAGGCUGCAACCAGGGUACUCUAGCUUCAGGCUGGGGCAGUGGUGCCGUCGAAUUUCCCUAUCUGAUCAGUCCAUGGGAGGCUCUUCAGUCUGCCUGGUCUGCAGAUACGAUUGACCUCCAAGGAUAUUUGACAAGUGAUGUUACGCUGCAAGACCUUCAAGACCGGGAUCUGUGCCUAGUAUUUGCCAAUUCAGAUGGCGGCGAGGGUUAUAUUCAGAGUGAAGGAAUCGCUGGAGACCGCAAUGAUCUUUUCUUGCAACAUAACGGGGCCCAGUUGGUCGAGACCGUGGCUCAAAACUGCGGCGGGGGCCAUGGCUCGACCGUCGUUAUAUUGCAUUCCAUCGGCCCUGUCAUACUGGACCCCUGGAUUGACUUACCCGGCGUCCAGGCAGUUGUUUACGCUAAUUUGCCUGGUCAAGAGAGCGGGAACGGUUUAGUGGAUGUGCUAUUUGGUGACGUCGAUGCCAGCGGACGGCUACCAUACACCAUCGGUCGGACGAGCGAGGACUACGGUCCAGGCGCACAGGUGGUGUAUGAGAGCCAUGAUUCCACCCCGCAGGUCGAUCUCAACCAAGGCCUGUACAUUGACUACCGAUAUUUCGACCGCCACAACAUCACCCCACGGUUCGAAUUUGGGUUUGGCCUGUCAUACACCUCCUUCAACCUGUCCGCCCUUCGCAUUGAAUCUCUGCAGAAGAAAUCACGGCUGCCUUCCCCGCGCCCCAAGAACAAAGUCGAACCGCCCUCGUACGACAACCAGCGCAGCAACCCCUUGAGUACCUUGGUGCCGGCCGGAUUCCGCAUGUUCCGCAAAUACAUCUACCCUUACCUCGAGUCCUUAUCCGGCACUGAACCCGGUCCAUAUCCGUACCCAGAGGGAUACAGUGAUGUUCAGCAGCCCUCCGCUGCCGGUGGUGGAAUCGGCGGAAAUCCUUCACUUUUCGAGCCCAUGGUGAGCCUUUCUGUAGAUGUCACCAACACAGGUUCCCGAACCGGACAAGAGGUGGUGCAAAUCUACGUUUCGUUCCCGAAAGACAUCGCAGAGCACCGUGGUCUGGGCUGGUCCCGCGAAACCAUCGAUUUUCCUGAGCGUGCGCUUCGGAAUUUCUCCAAGGUAUCUUUGCAACCUGGUGAGACUGCGAUGGUCAAUAUGACUCUGUCGCGUAAGGACCUCAGCUACUGGAGCGUUCGCGCCCAGAACUGGCUGCUUCCCACCGAGGGCAAGUUUCGCAUUUGGGCGGGCAGAAGCUCAAGGGACCUACCGCUUGUCGCGGACUACUUCUGGAUCGGCGGCAAGGCGCAGACAUACUGCCCGGAGGUGGUGAAGGGCUGCCGCCAGACAAACGACACUUUGAUCUCCGGCCAGAACAGCCUGGACGUCGAGGUCCCUGGAGGCCAGCGCAUCUACGUCGACCCAAAGGGUGCCCUGCGCUUCACCACGCCGCACUCGGCCUACGAGCCGGCCGGCUCCUCGGAUGGUAUUUUCAAGUAUACCACCGGCAAGCAGUUCGGUCACUGGACCUACACAGGCCAGGGUGCCUCGGGCUUCAAGGCUUGCCUUGUUGCGGCUAAGAACACCACUCAGUCCGCUUGGGAAUAUGUUUGA